AUGGUGUGUAUAAUGAUUGAUCGAUCGCGAUCUUUUUGAAAGCAUUUAUCAAAGUCAUUUCGGGUCCAAAAACUCGAUCAAGGAAGGGAUAAUAAAAGAAUGCUUCAAGAGCAAUUUCUAUUCCUGCAUAGCUUGACACUACCAAUCCCCUCUUUUUACUAUAAUCAGAUUUCUUGUCAUCAAGAUAUGAUUGAACAAGAUAAUCCCCAACGAUUGAUAUUGCUCAUCCUGCGAUUACUUGGGCUGCAAUUGGCCUUUUAUAUAUCUGAAUUUGGUAUCUGUGCAAUGCUCUUUUCAGAAAUUUUUUACCUUCCAUAUAACUUUUUAUCAGUAAAAUUUGAGAUGUUAAAUGAUUAUCGUUGCAAGAUGUCAGAUUUAUUUAAGAAAUCCAAUACUUAA